CAUUUUAAAAAAAGGAUGCUAUGUUAUUUUAAAAAAACCAAUGGUUCCAAACUUGUUUGGUUUCGAGAACAAACAAAGGCUAAUAUAACUUUUCUGGUUAUUCGUAAUUACAGCUUAAAAUGCGACCUUAAAACAAUUCAUUCUUGCGACAACGGAAAGAUUUCCAGCAAGCUUUUUCAUGACUUAUCUGAUAAUAGUUUAAAGAAGCUUACUUCUUUUUUUGAAAAUUUUAUUGAACAGAAUGAAGAGAAAGACUGGGACGUUUAUUACGAAAGUGGUGUACUAACGGUCAACUUGGGCCAAUACGGAACUUAUGUUAUUAACAAACAAGCUCCAAACAAGCAGCUAUGGCUUUCCUCGCCUUUGGGAGGUCCCAAAAGAUAUGAUUAUAACACGAAAAGUAAAGAAUGGAUAUCUUUGCGGGAUGGAAGUAAAAUAAAAGAUGUGCUGUCUACAGAACUAUCUAUUAUAACAAAGAAAAAAAUAGAAUUACCAAGCUCUAUAGACGGGGAAUAA